UCUUUUUGAUUUUCUAUGUUGUUGAAAUCUUCACCUCGGUGUUUAAAAUAGUUAAUUUUAAUAGAGAAAUAAUUAUUUCUUUUGUGUUAAUUAAAUUGUCUUUUAACGAGUGUACAACAAUUCACCUUUAAAAGUAAUCACUUUUUCUUUUCUUUUUGUAUUUAAACUAAAGAACCAAAAAUACUAAUCCAUAACAAAGAACUGCAAUUAUUGUAAUUUAAAGAAGCAUCUCGGACUUCAAGAUGACAGAUACCCGACGUCGGGUUAAACUUUAUGCUUUGAAUGCAGAUCGUCAAUGGGAUGAUAAAGGGACUGGUCAUGUAUCAUCUUCGUAUGUUGACCGUUUGAAAGGAAUGUCUCUUUUAGUCAGAGCCGAGUCAGAUGGGUCUACCCUUCUCGAGUCAAGAAUUCAACCUGAUACCGCCUAUCAAAAGCAACAGGAUACCUUAAUUGUUUGGUCUGAAGGUGACAAUUAUGACUUAGCUCUUAGUUUUCAAGAAAAAGUAGGAUGUGACGAGAUAUGGGCGAAAAUAUGUCAAAUUCAGGGUAAAGAUCCAUCAGUUGAUCAUACUCAAGAACCAAUGGAAGAAGAAGAUGAACGUUUUGAAGAAACUUCUGAUGCCAUUGAAUUACCUCCAUGUGAAGUGGAUAAAUUAGAAGAAUUAAAUGAACUAAUCGCCAGUUGUCUUGUUCACCCAAUGAAAAGAGAGCGACUCGCUUUGGCACUGGAAAAUGAAGAUUAUAUUAAAAAGCUUUUAAAACUUUUUCAUCAAUGUGAGGAAACCCAUAAUGUUAAAUCUCUCCAUAAGCUGCAUGAAAUUUUUAAGAAUGUAUUCUUACUCAAUAAGAAUCCUCUUUUUGAAGUAAUGCUUGGAGAAGAGACACUUUUCGACGUUAUCGGUGUUUUCGAAUAUGAUCCCAAUCAACCACAACCCAAACGACAUAGAGAAUAUCUUAAAUCUGUUUCCCGGUUUAAAGAAGUAAUACCCUUUGGAAAUGCUGAAUUAAUUAACAAGAUUCAUCAAACCUAUAGAGUGCAAUAUAUUCAAGAUGUUGUCCUACCAACACCAACAGUUUUCGAAGAAAAUAUGCUAUCCACCCUUAGUUCUUUUAUAUUCUUCAAUAAGGUUGAAAUUGUUUCUUUAAUACAAGAGGAUGAUAAAUUUUUACGUGAACUGUUCGCUCAAAUAACCGAUGAAUCUACCAAUGUAGAUAAAAGGAAAGAUCUUGUUCUCUUUCUUAAAGAAUUUUGUACAUUUUCCCAAACCUUACAACCUCAAGCAAGAGAAAAUUUCUUCAAAGCCCUUUCAACCCUUGGAGUGCUCCAAACCCUCGAAGUAACCCUUUCGCUGGAUAACAUUGCGAUUCGAUCAGCGUCUGUUGAUAUAUUAACCUAUGUUGUUGAAUAUAGUCCAUCUAUGGUUCGAGAAUAUGCCCUUAAACAAGAAGGAAACUGUGAUGAGGAUCAGUAUAUUAUCAAUGUAAUGAUUGAUCAAAUGAUCUGUGACCCCGACCCUGAUCUAGGGAUGGCAGUUCAAUUAUCAAGUAUAUUACGGCUUCUCUUGGAUCCCGAGAAUAUGAUUACUGCCUCCGCUGUCAAUAAAUCAGAGAAAAACGACUUUCUUGUCUAUUUUUACAAACACUGUAUGCAUGUGUUGGUUGCUCCUGUUUUAGCAGCUACAUCAGAUGAGAGACCGAUCAGAGAGGAUGGUAGAAUGGCUCAGCUUCUAAGUAUAAUUCUUGAAUUAAUGUCAUUCUGUGUCGAACAUCAUUUGUAUCAUAUUAGAAAUUAUAUUAUUCAACGUGAACUUCUAAAGGAAAUAUUGGUUCUCAUGAUGUCAAGACACACAUUCCUGGUGCUCAGCGCACUUCGAUUUCUGCGCAAGAUUAUCGGUUUAAAAGAUGAAUUUUACAAUCGACAUAUAAUAAAUGCUAAUCUAUUUGCACCGGUUGUUGAAGCCUUUAAACAAAACAAUGGACGUUAUAACCUUCUUGAUUCUGCAAUAAUUGAAGUGUUUGAAUUCAUUAAGACGGAAGAGAUUAAAUCUCUCUGUGUGCAUAUUGUGGAGGUUUUUGGUAAAUACUUGGACCAAAUUCAAUACGUUGGAACCUUUAAAGGAUUACGGCAACAUUACGAACAAUAUCAAGAUAAACUAAAAGAUAGAAAUUCGUUAGAAAGCUCACCAGUUAUUAUGAGAAAUGAAAGGUUUAGACGUGAUCCACGUCAAUUGGAUGAAGAUGAAGAAAUAUGGUUUAACAAUGACGAAGAGGAAGAUGGAAUGGACAAUAAUCUACAAGGAUCAUUAAGCUAUAAACUAGAAGCUGAAUUUGACCAAUUCAACAAGAAGAUAUCUGAAAAAAAGUCAACUUUAAGUUUAUCUUAUGCAGAUUUAGAAAAUGUUAAAAAAUAUAAUGAUCUUGAUGUGAAAACAAUGAAUAGAUCAACGAGCCCUCGUAGGACAACUCCAUUAACUGCCUCACAGACAUCACCUAGUUUACCUCAUGUGGAAGUUCAAACCACUCGUAAGCAGGGAGGCCUAGUGGAUUAUCCUGAUGAAGAUUCAGAUGAGGAAGACAAUGGAGACGAGGGAAACUUGGCUCACACUAAAAGAGCGAGAUUAAGCUCUUAGUAAAUAAUUAAUUAUCUAAUUUUGUUCAUAUAUAUUAUUAUUAUAUUAUUUACCUUAAUCAAAUCAUCUUCGCCAAAUUAUGUGAAGCGGUAACAUACACAAAGAGCAAGCAAAGAAAAAAAACAAAAAAAAAUCCAAGCGAACGAUUUUUUUUACACAUAUUCUUAGCUUACAAUUUAACAAAGUGCUAAAUUAAUUGCCAGAAGACGAAGGGAAAAUUGAAUCAUUUUUUGUCGAUCAACAAAUUCGUCUAAAAGCAAUGCAAGAAACAUCAACCCAGCGAUCAGACCCAGAGGAGUGGAAAAUAUCAACACCGACUGAUCAUUUUUGCCACCACCAUAAAUCACCAACAUCAACAACAAGUGAAGACUAAAAAGCAAACAAGGUUUACCAUCGUCUUUGUGAAAUUUUUUUCUUUUCAAUGUAUGGAGAUGUUCAUGUUGGUACAAGGCAUAUGAAAAACACUCGAGGCAAACACACUCGGAAAGAUAUUGGCACUCCAAGUAUCGGGAUUCUAAUGAUCAGCUGAUUUAACACGACAGAGAGACAGUUUUUCCUUCAGCAGUAAAUGGACUCAAAGUAAAAGUGUAUUAUCAACUCACCAACUCCCAAGUCUGAUUUUACCAGUCAAAAGAAAAACGAUUGUCUCUUCUUCUCUUUCACUCUAUUUCUCUCUCUAUGACUCUAUCAAUUCUAUCUCUUUUUCUCAUAUACCUUUAUUAUCAUUGUAAAAAGUGUCCAUCAUGUCCAACAACAACUACUACUACAAAAAAAACGCAUAGUCGCAUUUACUAAGUUUUUUUGACGCUGAUCAAGUAUUGACUAAUUUCAGCGACCUUUCCCCCUCCUCCUCCUUCCUAAUCAACUCAACAAAAACAAAAAUGACCACAUCAUCUUAGCCAGUCUGAUCAAUCUCCUUUCACCCUCUAUUCUUCCAUUUCACUAUUCUCCUCUCAAUCUUCACUUAUCAUCAUCAACUUCAUCGUCGUCAUCAUCAUCAUCAUCAUCUAGCAUCAACUCUCUAUUUCUUUGCUUACCUUUAAUCUUCAAUUACAAUACCAGCAACAAUUUUCGCGCAAAAUCUCAGUCUGCCUUGGAGCGCAAAUCCCUCUAUUCUAUUUCUUUCUUCAUAUAUCACUUAUCUCUCUCUUUCUCUCCAUGUAAUCAUCUCUCUCUCUCUCUCUCUAUCCUUAUAAGACAAUAUUGUGUACAAAGUUAUUUAAGAUAAAAAAGCUGCGUUAAUUUAAAUCAACAAUUUACCCGAAAACUUUAUGAUAAUCAACACUUUCUCCUCUUCUAUGGCAACAUGAUGUUCACGCUAUGUCCAAACAACAGGAUCUUUUUUUCACUUUCCAUCAAUGAUUUUCUGUUAUUUGAUUGUCAACAGUGAAAAACUAAUCAACUAAACGAGAGAGCAAAAAAUUAAUGAUGCUAAUGAUGAUUGAAUUAAUGCUACAAAUCAAAAGGAGCUGUUGAUUUGAUCAAUUUCAUCUCUCAGCUACACUACUCACUCAAAAAGAAUUCAAUUAAUUGUUGUCAUUAAUUAUAAACAAUUCUAACAAACAAAACUUCAAGAAUCGUGGCUCAGUUGAUUGAAAUUAAUUUUGGAUUAUGAUUAUUGAAGAGUUAAUUGUUAGUUGAUUGUCUCUCUCUCUCUCUCUCUCUGGCAAUUAACUUUCUCCUCCAAAUAAUCUCUGAGAAAAGCCUUUUAAAUUUGCCUGAUUAUUUGAUUAACCGAUUGUUUGAAAUGUUUUCUCUGUUUUUCUAAAUCAAACAAUCAACUGAUCACCAAACAAUUAAUUGAUUACCAUUAAUUUUUACCUUCGAUAAACUUGAUCAACUCCUUGCCUGUAUUAUCUUGCCAUCAACACUGGAGCUGAUUUAAUUUGGAUUAUGAUGACAAAUUAACUAAAAGAUGAUGAUAAUUAUCUUGCCAUAGAUGAUGAUGAUUUAAAUUGUUUUUAAAUUGAUUGUGUUGAUUAAGGAAUCAAAUGUUUUUUUCAAUUGUUUCUCUACAAUCGGUAAUCCAUUCAGAGGAAGACAAAAUUUUUACAGCUCUAAUUAGGAUUAUAAAUAUUACAUAUGAAAAUAAAUCAACUUUUUCGAAACUUAA